AAGGAGGAAACAGAGAUCGUAGUUUACUCUUCCACCAUGUUCACUUUACAUGGGGUAACAGCUAUUACUCUUUCAGCUUUCAUUUGUAUUUACUAUUAAUUUUAUCCAAAGCGGACCACUGAUCAAAGAUUACAAAGUGAAUUACAUACAUUUUACAGCAGAGGAAAGGAAAGGUUCCCGAUUCCAUUAUGGAAUCCUCAAGACAUUUGGAGUCUCUCUUCUGAGAAAGUGCAGUACAAACAACAACAUGCAACAUAUCAUUGCAAAAUGAACUGGAAUCAAAUGUUUGAUUGAACUGAAGAGUUGGAAAACACUGAAUAUCAUAUAAGGAGAUGGCUGUUUCAUCUGGACUUCCAGUGGACAUCAAUGACUGGAAUAAAGACCAUGUGAGACAAUGGAUGCUUGAUAUAAAAGUGGACAAAGAAGAUGCAGAGAUUUUGUACAACCAGAGAAUUAAUGGAGCUGGUCUUCUCCUCUUGGAGGAAGCUGAUCUCUCUAGCAUGCAAAGCCUAUCACUGAAUGCCAAAAAAAUAAUUAUUCACAACAUAUGUCUUUUGAAACAAAAGACGCAGCAGCAGAAUGAUGUGAAGACUCAAUCUUAUAGCUUGAAGCCUUACCCUUUCAAAAGAUUUACUGCUGCUCACAGGUACAGAGAAAACAGCAAUCUAGACGUAACUGAAACGGGUCCUAUAGAUUUCAUACAACCAUGCCAUGAAUUCAAAGCAUUUACCAACACAACAGAGGAGAACAGAAUAAAAAAAUACACUUAUGAGGUGAUUCGAUUUGCAGCAGCUUGUAUGAACAGCCGUACAAAUGGUACUAUUCAUUUUGGAGUGGCAGACGAACCACAUGGACACAUUCUGGGUAUUAAUGUUCAGAACACAGAUGAAUUUGAUGUACAACAGAAACAUGCAAUUGAAAAACAUUUCAAAUUGGAAAGGUCUGUUAAAAUAGCAAAGAGCUGCAUUAAACCCCCUCGAUUUGUUGAAGUUCUCAAAGCUGACAUGACAUCUGCAGGAAAAUAUGUUAUUGAGGUAGACAUAGAACCGUCCUCCAUAGUCUGUGAAGAACUUUUCUUUAACACUUAUAAUGUUGAUAAAAAUGAAGAAGAGAUGCAAGAGCCCAAAGGUGCAGAGAGGAAGCAGAAUGAUGGCAAGUCUUUCUUCAUAAGAGACGGCAGCAGCAGCAAGAAUCUUAUUACAUCUGCUUCCUCAAAGGAGUAUGAGAAAUAUACUGCAAUUGACAACAUGCAACGAUUGUCCCAGUUGAGGAAGGACGCUGAAGAGAAGCAUCUCUAUGUUGUCAAAAAAAGUGUGCAAGGCUCUAAACUGUGUGAGAUGAUAACAGGAGGGACCCAUUCUUUAGACAGGUCACACUUUGCAUGGUACAUUUUGGUGGCUAACAAAUCUCACCCUGUUCAGCUGGAAAACCUGGAUUUCCUUUUUUACAUGGAUCUAGUGGCUGUUCUGGAUUUCGAUCCAGAAUCUGCUCAGAGUGGCCUGAAUAAGUUACUUGAAGAGAGAAAGACAUCCAAUCCUCAUUUACCAACUCAGUAUAAAGUUACAGGUGCAGUUGAAGACAUUUUAAACAAGUUAAAGCUGACCAAAAACACAAGCUGGGUUUUCUGUAAUGGAGGCAUUAAUGAGGAAAACCCUUCUGAUACUGAUAAUUGGUUGACUGAGAAGGGAUCUUCAGUGCGUGAUGUUGUUUCUUUCCUGUGCAGAAAAGAUGUUGUGCAUCGCAAGCAACUUCUCACCAUAUUCCUGCUGUUAAGUCAAGUGAGCGACGCCAACGACUCUUUUCUUGAGACAUUCGGUAUGUUUUUACAGGAGCUCAAUGGAGUAAACAAAAUCUUAUGCAUCAGUGACAAUGAAACAUCAUACACCUACUGGACGGAUCUCAUUAAGGGCCGAUAUAGAGCUGACAUCUCUUCAAGAUGCAUUUCUGAGCUAAGUUUUGCUGAGGUCAAUGGCACCAUCCUCAGUCUGUGGUCAGAGAAUCGCAAAUCAAGCCGGUUUCUGCCUUGUGGUGGUGGCAGUAAUGUUGUCCUAUCAAAGAAAAUUGAGGAUUCCCUAGAAACGCUGAGUGUUCUUUGUGUGAACCAGUGUGAAGGAGGUGAUGAGGACAAACAACAUCAUGAGGAGAACUUUUACAAGGGAGGAAAGGUGUCUUGGUGGAACUUCUUCUUCUCAGAACAGCCCGGAUCAAUGCCAUUCAUCAAACGUGACAAGUUCGACUAUAUUAUCAACACUAUUAUUCCAGACAUAUGCAGCCGGAAGAGAGCUUGUGAGUUUUUCAGCAUCUUCCAUCUUCCAGGCUGCGGUGGCACUACGUUAGCCAUGCAUGUCUUAUGGACACUGAAGGAUAAAUACCGUUGUGCAGUGCUGAAGGAAACAACACAUGAUUAUUCUACCGCAGCCGAACAGGUUGUGCAGCUUCUAACAUAUGAGACAAAAGAGCAACCUACACGACUUCCCGUUUUAAUCAUGAUCGAUGACUUCCAAGACAUCUGCGAUGUAAAAAAACUCCAACUUCAAAUUGAGGAGGAGUGCUUGAACAAAAACAUUUUUUCCAAGUCUCCACAAGUCAUCAUAGUCAACUGCAUGAGAGCUGAAUCCUGUGAACAGACUGAUGAUGCAGUUUUCAUUGGAAACCGUUUAUCUGAGAAGGAACAGGAACUGUUUAAAGAAAAGCUGAAGGAGUUUAAGAAAACCAACACAAACACUAAAACGUUCUAUGGGUUCAUGAUUCUGAAGAACAACUUUUCACCUCACUAUAUUCAGCGUGUUGUGAAAAAUACCCUGAAGGGCUUCGACUUCCGAGACAAACAUUCUCAACUUUUUGCUGUUCUUGUCCUCCUGCAUGUCUACUGCAAGAAUGCAUUGCUGUCAGUCUCCACAUGUGAAGAGUUUCUUGGUCUGCAAACUAAAGCAAAGUUUGAAGUAGAAGAUGGAUUUGAGAAGUUUUCCACUCUUUUAACAAGAGGCACAGCCUAUUCCAACAUUACCUUUGAGGGUGUGAGAGUGAUUCACUCAAGUAUAGCUGAAUACUGUUUGAAAGAGCUGUCGAUGAAAGUGUCAAAGGCAGAAAUCUCUAACCUUCUGCUCACAACAGACUCAUUUUAUGAGUACGCUCUGGGGAAUCAAAAAUUAAUGCAGGAUGUCCACAGCAUGUUGGUGAGAAGGCACUAUUCAGCUAAGGCUGAAGACUCACUUUUUUCUCCUCUUAUCCAAGAUAUAAUGAAGGAGACGCCAGGGAUGGAAGAAAUUGUUCUAAUCAAUGCAGCAAAUUGUCUCAGAAAGGAUGCAGUAAUAUUUCAACUCCUCGCCAGGUACUAUUACAUCAAAAAACAGGAUUUUACUGUGGCCAUGAGUUGUGCAAAAAAGGCCAAAGACCUUUCAGUGGAUAACUCCUACAUUUGUGAUACAGUAUCACAGGUACUUGUGCGUGAACUCAAGCAUGCUGUUCACAAAGACAGAGAUGAUCUCUUGAAGCCGGACAGUCUUGAUCGGUAUCUUACAUUGGCUGAGUCUGCAGCUGAAGCUUGCAAAGAAACAAAACAAACUGCAGACAAGGAGGCCGUAUCUCGACGGAAAAGACUAAAGGAUUAUAGUACUUACAACACUGCUGGCCAUCUUGGAGAACUUCAAACUGCAGUUACUGUCAUACAAAUACUGCAAAAGACACCACUGCUUAACUGCCUUGCUCAAGUCCUCUUGGGUAAAAUUACCAUUGAAGAAUUGUUAAGGAUGAACCCUGAACUCAAGCAAUAUUGUGAUGUAUUGCAGAAGCAUAAGAAAUAUCUUCUUCAGCUAAAAAACACAAUGAAGGAUCAUUUUGAUUUCCUAGACAAUUUCUUUGUCAAUUUAGUACCAUUUUUAGCGGAGAAAGACAAACAAAAAGAACUGACAAAGCCCAAGGUUUCCAAGUACUUUCAACAGUACACUGAGCUCUUUUGUAAAAUAAAUUGGAGUGAGCUGAUCAAGAAUGAGCAAAUUAACCUCAAGGUUAAAAUUGAGCAGACACGUGAAUGUCUGGAGAGGAACAAAGGUGACUCCUAUACAGGACUUCUACAAUAUUUGUAUGAGGAAGACUCUGCAUCAACUCUUGAAGAGAUCAUCCAGCAGUAUGAUUUAAUUCUGAAUUCACAAGAGGCCAGACUGAUGGACAUUGUCAACUUUAUCUAUGCCAAUGUAAUUCUGGCAAACAUCAACUCUGAAUCUCAGUACAUCAUGUCCCACCAUGAACUUCGAAAAUUACGCCUUCGAAUAAUCAUUCGCCCCUUAGAACUCAGUGAGAUUCUGCCUUUGCACUACAUCACAGUUUUAUUGUUCUGGCAAGAGGCCAAUCGUGCAUUACCAACUUCACAAAUGAAGACGUUGUACUCAACCUACCUGAAACCUGUGUCCAAUGGAAAGAGAGCAGCCGUCCACUUUUACCUCGGGAAGGACGAAGGUUAUGGUGGCCUGAUUUCCCACAGGGAUAUUAACAGCUGUUUAGGAUCAGGGCAGAACAUCUCAACUCAGUGGGAUGAUGACAAAAUUUGGAAGAAAGUGAGGAAUAGUAAUAAACUUCACAGAGUUUCUGGUGAAAUUCGUAACAAUUGUAUCUGGGUUGCAGACGUGAAUGUUAUGGUUGAUCCAAUGUUCAGAAGCCAGUUAAAUAAAGAAUAUGGCACACGAGUGACUUUCUUCAUUGGAUUCUCAAUGAAUGGACCAGUUGCACUUGACAUAGACUUUGAGGCAUAAGGUUCACAAGCCUGAUUUAUUGAAGACAUGCAUAUCAUGAAAGAGAGAAAACUUCUAGAUUUCUAGUUCAAAAAAUUAGGACAAUCAAGUCGAAGGAGCUCUUGGACCAAAGCCUGUAGUUGUUCCUAGAAAUUAUUUAGGUUUGUUUUAUUUUCAUAUGCAGUGAUUAAUCUAAGCCAGUCUUUUAAUCAUUAAUGUUGCAUGUUUUGUGCCUUUGUUUAGCAGAAAUGCCUAAUUGUGUUUAAUGUGUAUUCUGUAAAAAGCAAUGUUGUGAUUAUGUUAUGAGUGAUGACUGAGAGUCUGACCAAUGCCAGCAAUGCACUGACUUCCAGAACACGUGUACCUCUGUUGUACUUUUAUAUUAUAUUGUGUUUAUUUCUUUUUCUUUACAUACAUUUUACAUUCAUCUUACUGCAUUUUAUCCAUACAGUCAUAUAUUCAUAUAGAUGUACUCAUUUAUCAUAUAUUCAUUCUAUUUGAUUUACUUUUAUUUUACUUCAAUUUACACUCUAAUCAAAGUUUUUAUAAAAAAAAGGCCCAAUGAUGAGAGGUUUUCCAUAUUGUUUUUAGAUGUAUUUUAAAUGUAUCCUUUGCAUUUUGUUGUGUUUUAGGGUUAAAGUAAAAUGUCACUGACAUAUUUUUCUACUGAUUUUCACAUUUGAUUAUUGACAAAUCUUGAUUUGCUGUAACCAUCUGUCCUAAUUCAAGGUCUUCAAGGCCACAAGUCACUGCUAAAAAGUAGCUAUGUCCAUUCCCUUUGCUUGUGAUCAUAAUACAGUACUUAUUUUAUAUAUUUCUGUUAAAACUAAGAGUUAUCCAAUAAACAUAUUUCUUAUCACUUCC